GCUUAUUUUGACGCCGUAUUGCGCAUCCUUGAUCCACAUUUCGACUCCCAACUUCAGUUUUUCAAGAUGGCGACAAAACUAGUAAAAAGAGAGAACUUGCCGACUAAGUUAUGGGUCGACAAUGAGUUCAAAGAAGGGACUGGAGCUACAGUCAAGCUCGUAAAUCCAAAGGAUGCAAGCACCAUUGCGGAAUUUAAAGGAGCUUCCGAAGCGGACGUCGACAAUACCGUAUCAAUUUCCCAGAAGGCCUUCGAAUCGGGACCCUGGGCAUCGCUGAGCGGUGAAGAGAAAGGAGUUAUUCUGAAUAAGUUUGCUCAACUCAUACUUGACAACGCGUCAGAAAUUGCCUAUUUUGAAAGCGUCUGUUCCGGAAGACCUCUCGCACAAUGCAACUACGAGAUACCUAGGGUUGCAUCAGUCUACAGAUAUUAUGCCGGCUGGGCGGACAAAAUUAGGGGAGACUCGUAUCCACCUGAAGACGGGUUCUACAAGAUCGUUAGACAAGAGCCAUUGGGUGUAUGUGCCGGAAUCACGGCGUGGAACGGAUCCCUCCACUUCUUGGCUUGGAAAAGUGCGCCAGCACUAGCAUGCGGUAAUACGGUCAUCAUCAAGCCAUCAGAGAAGUCUCCCUUGGGCACUCUCGCUGUAGCAUCUCUAAUCAAGGAAGCCGGUUUCCCGCCUGGAGUUUUCCAGGUUCUCCCAGGAGGAGGAGAUGUAGGAGCCAUCCUGAGCAGCCAUAUGAAAAUUGCCAAGAUAUCUUUUACUGGAUCCACUUUCACGGGAAGAAAGAUACAGGAUGCUGCAACAAAGAGCAACUUGAAGCGGGUGACUUUGGAGCUAGGAGGGAAGUCGCCGGCACUCGUCUUCGAUGACGCAAGUUUGGAGAAGGCGGUGUUUUGGUGUACAAUUGGGAUCGCCACAAAUGCAGGCCAGGUUUGUGCGGCUACCACUAGGCUAUUCGUCCAAGAAGGAAUUGCCGACAAGUUUUUGGCGGCACUGAAAGGAAGCUUCGAAGCGAUUACAAAGACUCUCGGAUCUGAUCCUCAGGAAAUGACCACUACAUAUGGUCCUCUAGUAGACAAGAUCCAGUAUGAUAAAGUGCGAGGUUUCAUCGAGGAGGGAAAGAAGUCGACAGAAGUCAUCAUCGGAGGAGAAGAGUACACGAAAGGUGGAUACUUCAUAGGCCCUGUGAUCUUCAAGAACCCAUCCGAGGAGGCGAAGAUCUACCGAGAAGAGAUAUUUGGUCCGGUUCUGUGUGUUCGUACUUUCAAGACCGAGGAGGAGGCCAUCCAGCUUGCCAAUGACACCGACUAUGGUCUUGCAGGAGCGAUAUACACUCAAGACGUGAACAGAGCCUUACGAGUAGCUAGCAAAGUUCGAGGCGGAACAAUUGGCAUCAACUGCACGUCCGUGGUAGGGCCCCAGGUUCCGAUGGGCGGAUUCGGCUCUAGCGGAUACGGCCGGGAACUGGGUGAGUAUGCUAUCCGGCACUACACGGAAACGAAAGCAAUCUGGAUCAACAUGAACUGAAUUGAUUGGGGGGAAAGCGAGAUGGACGGUGGCCACCUCGUGAGGUUGUGGCGAGGUUGAUGAGAAACGGCAAGCACGACUAAGAAAGCGGUAACAUCGACUACUGGCCAUCCUGAGUUACAGGGUGGAAAGGAGCGAAGAAACAAACUCGACUUGGCGUUCAUGAGAACACGUAGGAAUCUGGAAGUAUUGGAUUGCUAAUGUUGCCGUGGUGUUUACGAGCCCCUAGACUAGAAGAGGCACUAUCGCCGCUACUCGAUCCUGGACUGCAGGCAGCAGUAUCACCUUCAAGGUUGGGGCUGCUUCAAAAAUGUGAACAGUUGAUGGCAG